AUUAGCAUAAUGGAACAAAGUAAACAUGUAAGACUUUGCAAAUUGGUUGUAAUGGAAAAAAGGCCACGUUUGCAAUCUGUUAAUGUUUACCUUCUGUUCAACACCGAAUUUCCUGCCAAUAGCAUUGAUAUUCGUUUGAAACCUGACAAAAUACAAAUAUUCAGUGACAAAAAUGCUGAAGAAAUAAGUUGCAUGGAUUUCAAAAUACAUCAAGACAGUAUUAGUUCUUUAGUGUUAAAGAAUGAUUUUGCCACUUUUAGAUUUUGUACAAGUAACUUGAACAAUGAAUUGGGAACCUUCAAAUCAGAUAUUGUAGAAAUUGUUGAAAUCGAAAAUGACACUGAAAAUUUUAAUUUACAUAAAGUGCUUGAUACGAAUUUUAAAUAUGACAUAAAAUGCAUUCACUGUUUGCAAUAUUUUUGUAAAGGAGUUCAAUUCAAGAAGAUUUUGCCUCUUCCAUCAGAAAAUGCAGACUUCGGCGAGUGGUUCUGUCAUGCUCCAACGUCUAAUUUUAAGUUUGAUGUUUUGAACCCUGAAAUUUCCGAUUUAUUUUAUUCAAGUUGUUAUUUUCACAUAAAUUUAUCUCUUUUAAAAGAUGGUAUAUCUUUUUCCGAAGGUUCGCGUAUUCUUUGUAAAAAUUGUUCUUUUGAACUGGGAAAACUUGAAAAGAAGGCUGUUUGUAAACUGUGGUUCCACACAGCCUGUUUACACUUUAAUAACUCUCGAUAUGAAAGUCAACCCCUUGAAGAUUGUUUUCGAGCUAUACGAAACUGUUUAAAUAAUUCUGUUGUCGGAUCAUACAGAAUUUUAUUUUAUUAUGAAUCACCGCAAAAAUCUGAUUUUAUUUUUCUGUGGAUCAUGGAAAAGAAACUUCGGUUGUAUGUAAAAGACUUUAAUGGAAGUGAAUUUAGUGAUAAGAUAAACAAAGUUGCUAAAGUUCUUUUUAAAUUUACCGACAUCGCCACCGAUGAAGAGGUGAAAAAAUGGCGAAGUGACCAAACCGUUGUUCAGCUCGAGAUCUCGCUAGUUAUGAUGACAAAAUUACGGGAACAUUUGAACAUAAUGCAUAAGUAUAUACCUGAGAAUUUUUCUGUAAGCAAUGGUUUUUAUAUUUCGUAUGUAAGUUUAUACAAUAAAUAAAUCAAUAAAACUG